AUGCUCAAGCAUAUCGCCCUCGGCCUGUUGGCCGCUCAAAGCGUCGCUGCGACGCGGUUCGCCAUGUACAUUGACCAAUGGCACAAGAGCGACCUUCCCGCCGGGAAUCAGACUCAAGACAUCGACUAUGCUGUGAUGGCCUUCGCGAAGACGACUCUCUUCAACUCGGACUCGGCCCCAUCUUUCACGCCAUUCCAGCCUGUCGAUGAGAUGCGCAAGCGCUUCAGCCCAGACACGAAGCUCAUGAUUGCCAUCGGUGGGUGGGGAGAUAGUGAAGGGUUUUCCACCGGCUCGAAGGACGACACCAGCCGCAAGCGAUAUGCGAAGAAUGUCGCAUCCAUGCUUGAAGCCAAUGGAUUCGACGGAGUUGACAUCGACUGGGAAUAUCCCGGCGGCAAUGGCGACGACUACAAGCAAAACCCAAACAAGGGCAAAGUCGAUGAAAUCGAAAACUACCCCAAGUUCCUCGCCGCUCUCCGCGAGGCCAUUGGCAACAAGACCCUCUCUAUCGCUGUCCCAGGCCGCCUGCAAGACAUGAUCGCCUUCACCAAGGAGCAGGGUCCUAAGAUCUUUGAGACUGUCGACAUGGUCAACGUUAUGAGCUACGAUUUGAUGAACCGCCGCGACAACCACACCUUCCACGCCAGUGAUGUCGCCGGAUCCCUGGAGACCGUCAACGCAUACCUCGACAUUGGCGCUAAGCCCGAGCAGCUCAAUCUUGGAUUCGCCUAUUACGCCAAGUGGUUCGAGACGGACCCCAACUCGGACUGCGAGGAGAACCCUCUCGGCUGUGCGACCGUCAAGCUGGAGAACUCUGACGGUAGCGACACCGGCAAGUCCGGCGCCGUGACCUUCGAGAAGAAUCCCGAGUAUAUGCCUGCCGCCGUCACUGAGUCUUGGAAGCGUGCCCAGAAAGGAGGCAUGACUGAUGAGGAGAAGGGUGGUCAGUAUUUCUGGGAUAAGGAGACUAACUAUUUCUGGACUUGGGAUACUCCUGAGCUUAUCACUCGCAAGUUCACUGAUAUCGUUGAUGCUAAGAAGCUUGGCGGUGUCAUGGCUUGGAGUCUCGGUGAGGAUACUAUCAAGUUUGCUCAUGUGGAUGCAAUGCAGAAGGGUGUUCGUAACUCCAAUCAGAAGAAGGAGGACUCCAAGAUGGUUGCUGCGAAAAAGCCUGCUGCCAAUAAGCCUGCUGCCCAUAAGCUUGCUGCCAAGAAGCCUGCUGCCCAUAAGCCUGCUGCCAAGAAGCCUGCUGUCAACAACCAUGCUUAG